AUGGUUGAAAAAUGCAGCGGCCUGCCACUUGCCAUAAUUGUAUUAGGCGGGCUGUUGUCUACAAAGAAACCACAAGAGUGGCGCUCGGUUCGUGAUCACUUUUGGCAACAUUUAAGGAAUGAUUCAAUUCACAUACCUUCCUUAUUAACGUUAAGCUUCAAUGAUUUGCCUUAUCAAUUGAAGCUCUGCUUUCUCUAUCUUGGGAUUUUCCCUGAGGAUUUUGAAUUCCUAGAGAAAGCAAUCCGAUUACUGGUUGCAGAAGGUUUCAUACGAGAAGAUGAUGAUCGAGUAAUAGAAGAGGUGGCAAAAAACAACCUGGAUGAGUUGAUCAAUAGAAGCAUGAUUCAAAUUGAAAACAUUUGUCGGGGGAGGGUUGAAACACGUCGAAUCCAUGAUCUUUUGCGGGAUCUUGCAAUUCAAAAGGCAAAAGAGCUGAAUUUCGUUCACAUUUACGACGGAAUUCACCAUCCAACUUGCUCUCUAACUCCAACAUCAUCAUCUCGCCGACUUGUUUUUAAUUCUGAAACAAGUUCUUUGUUCCAACAUUGUUGCUCAGAGUUCUUCAUGUCGAGAAUUAUGGAGGAUCAAUUGAUUGCCAUAGCUUACCCGGAGAGAUUGGGCAGUUAG